UCAUCCCCGACCCUCAAUCUAUUCGGAAAUUGGAUCGAUGAAUGCGUCCAAAAUCACAAAACGUGCAAUACAAUCUCCAAUGCACGCCCUCCCAGCCGCCUACUCCGGAUAAAUCUCGCCCCUGCACCCGAAUACGGUACCCCUACUCUUCAACUUUUUCACACUUCCCCCACCGAACAGUACACCUAUGUUGCAGUCAGCCACUGCUGGUCACACACACGGCCACUCAAAACCACAGCCGCUAAUUUGGCGGCUCACCUCGCUUCUGUUCCCUGGGGCUCUCUCUCACCUGUCUUCCGCGACACUGUAUUGCUCUGCCUCUGCCUGGGCUAUGACUACAUAUGGAUAGACUCCCUAUGUAUCUUGCAAGGGGAUCCGGUCGACUUUGCAGCCGAGGCACCACAUAUGGGUCACAUCUAUGCACAAGCAGCACUCGUCAUCGCCGCA